UUCACCUCUCGAUCAAUAAAAUUGAUUGUAAAAACGGUAAAUAUAAAGGUGAAAAUCUCAAAAGUCAUCUCAGUUAAUAGCAAUACUAGCAAUUAGUAUUUAAUUGACAACUGUUUCAAUAGUUUUGUGUACAAAAGUCUUAUGCAUUAGACUAGUAUUUUCUGUUAGUUUGGGUUCAGCCAUUUCUACUCUCUCUUUCACAACCAACUUCAUCAUCGUUCUCAUCAUUACUUUCACCAUCAUCAUCAUUACCAACAACAUUCAAUAAUCGUCAUCAACAUCAUACUGUAUUUUCAAGUGAAAUUCAAGGCUGUUCUCUCGAAAAAAUUUUGCUUGUAAGCUUUGAGCUUUUUCAUGUUUAACUCAUCAAUAUGGCUAACCAAUUCAAUAGAUGUAUCAAUUUCUCUGCUGGCCCAUCGAGAUUACCUGAAGAAAUUUUGGUUAAAGCUGCUUCUGAAUUGCUGAAUUAUGAUCAAUCAGGAUGUAGUGUUAUGGAGCUCAGCCACAGAUCAGCGCAGUUCGCAAACAUAAUUACCGAAGCUGAAAAGGACUUAAGAGAAUUAAUGUCAGUGCCAGACACCCAUGCCAUACUUUUUGUCCAAGGAGGAGGAAGUGGCCAAUUUUCAGCAAUCCCUUUGAAUCUCCUCUCAAAUAGCAAUGAAUCUGCUGAUUACUUGAUUACAGGAACUUGGUCGGAUAAAUCCUACAAAGAAGCUCUCAAAUUUGGGAAAGUAAAAUCGGUUACUCCAUCAACCAAGGUUUACACUUCAAUUCCUGACCCUUCAACUUGGAAUCUUUCCUCGGAUGCUAAAUAUUUUUAUUAUUGUGCCAAUGAAACUAUUCAUGGUGUUGAAUGGCAAGAAAUACCUUCGAAUGUUCCUGAAAAUAUUCCAUUGGUUAGUGACAUGUCAUCUAAUUUCAUGACUCGAGCCGUCGAUGUUUCUAAAUUUGGUUUAAUAUACGCUGCCGCACAAAAAAAUAUUGGCAUUGGCGGAUUGACUGUUGUUAUUGUUCGUAAAGAUUUAUUGGGUAAAGCACAACCUGUUACUCCAAUUGUCUUUGACUACAAGACAAUGGCUGACAAUAAUUCAUUAUACAAUACACCACCCUGUUUCGCUAUCUACAUGACUGGUUUGUAUUUGAAAUGGAUCAAAGAGAAAGGUGGAUUGAGUGCUAUGGAGGAAAAUAGCAAAAUCAAAUCAAACAUGAUUUACAACGCUAUUGAACAAUCUAAUGGCUUUUAUUAUUCACCUGUUGCUGCAAAUUGCCGUAGUCGAGUCACCAUUCCAUUCCGUGUAGGUGGAUCCAAUGGAAAUCCUGAGCUUGAAGCCAAAUUCUUGAAGGAAGCACAAGCCGCGGGAAUGAUACAACUUAAAGGUCACAGAUCAGUUGGAGGAAUUCGAGCUUCAUUGUUCAAUGCCAUUUCUAUCGAAGAUACAAGAGUUUUAGAGCAGUUUAUGAUAAACUUCAUGAAAGCCAAUUCUCAAUAAGCCUUCGAUAAAAUUUUUGAAAUUAACAUUUGAAAUUUUGACUAAAAACUAAUGCUUUUUAGAAUAAUAUUUUGACAAUUUAAGAAUUUUUUUGUCACUUUGCUAUUAAAUAUUACUAACAUUGAAAUAAGGCAACUUGAAUAAUAAGAUUAAUUUAAAUCAUUAAUUAAAUUGAUACAAGCAUAGCAAUUAUCGCUUAGCUCUAAACCAUAUUAGAACGUUGUAAAAACGUUUCUUUUAUCUUUUUAAUUUUUAUUAACAACCAGCUAUAAUCACCAUUUAUUAUCGUCUACUGUUGAAUUUGCUUUCGAAAGAGACGUUGUAAGAGUAUUCAAUGACAGAGAAACUGUUAUACAAUAAUGUAAGAAUGGAAGGUAAAAAGACUAAUAAAUCCAAAUCCUCGCCCAGAUUUACUUGAUAA